AUGGGCACGGUAUUUGGUAAAAUAGGCAGAACCCCAAAAUACCAGGUCCUCAAAUCAUCUGCUGAUUACGAAAUCCGGCAGUAUGCACCAUCAGUGAUAGCUCAGGUCACCUAUGAUCCAUCAGUGUUCAAAGGCAACAAAGAUGGUGGCUUCUCUGUGCUGGCCAAUUACAUAGGUGCUUUUGGCAAAGCCCAGAACACCAAGCCUGAGAAGAUUGCCAUGACAGCUCCAGUCAUAACCCAGCAAAGCUCAGCUGAGAAUAUUGCCAUGACAGCUCCUGUGGUGACUAAACAAGCCGGGGAGGCGAAUGCUGUGACAAUGCAAUUCCUGCUGCCUGCCAAGUAUCAGAAGGCGGAGGAGGCGCCGAAGCCGGUGGAUGAGAGAGUUGUGAUCACUGAAGUGGGGGAGAGGAAGUAUGGGGUGGUGACUUUUGGAGGAGUGGCGUCGGACCAGGUAGUGAAGGAUAGGGUGGAGAAGCUGAAGGGGGCUUUGGAGAAAGAUGGGUUUAAGAUUGUAGGGGAGCAUUUGCUGGCAAGGUUUAACCCGCCUUGGACUUUGCCUCCGUUUAGGACUAAUGAGGUUAUGAUCCCAGUUGAAUGAGUUCUCAUAUUUAGGCCAUUCUGUUGCUGUUUUUGUUCCUCUUCAGUCGUAUGUAAUGAGUUUGUAAAUACAUCAAUAAAAGCUUUUUCUGACUGCAGAUAAGAAUUCCCC